AUGCCCACCAACAGCUCAAAUCCUGGCAACUUCGCCAACCGGUCGAAGGAAGAAGUCAAAGCAAUCGCUAGCAAGGGCGGCAAGGCGGGCAGUGAGCACAAAGGAUUUGCCAGCCAGAAGUACGACGACCAAAAGCACCGCGAAGUAGCAUCCAAAGGUGGCAAAGCGAGCAGCGGCAGCUUCCGACCCGGCGAUGAGCGUGCUAGAGAAGCGGGCAGAAAAGGGGGCAAAGCCUCCAACCGCAGCAGCAAUGGCGGCGGUAACAAUGGCACCGCCGACUAUGAUGAGGAUGACGACGACGGUGAAUAG